CACAGUUCACCGGUUUCGUACAAUCGCCAAUUGUCAACAUAGAAAAGACAUAAGGUCAGCAGAGCGGAAAAGCGCUGAUUGUUAAAAUUAGCAUCUUCGGCCUGCAUACUCACAGAACCGUCCGCCGAAGCUUCCACGAAACUGUGGAGGAAAUUAACUUGAUCGCGCGUUCGUUUUCUCAUUUAUUUUGGACACCUUUGCUGAAGAAUGGAGAUCUGGUAAAGUCAUAGGCACCGAUCGAUGGAGACCCUUAUAUCUAAUUCAAGAUUAGAUAUUUACUCAAAUCUCGAAUAUUACAAGACGAUGUGGACGUGACGAAUACGUAUAGUAUAAUCUCAAGUAUAGUCUUUCAUCGCUGUGCUAUCGCCCUUUCAACAUGGGAAACCAGCAUGUGAAGCCACUAGGCUCUCCCCGGAGGUCUCAUAGCGCUGAAACUAUCCCAGGAACAGAGAACUCUGAGCACGAAUUCUGCUGGGUUCAAAACGAUGAUGGCGCUCCGGAGAUUUCUUAUGCAGUCAAAAAGAAGCGUCGUAGCAAAGAUGACAUGGAACUAUCCCGACUUGACACAUCGGAGGAAGAGCCGUUACGAGAAAUAGUUAUCAAGAUGCCCAAGAAAAAGAAGGACAUGGAAAGGAUGAUAACCACACAGGCGAUAGAGAUAAGAGGGAAGGAUGAGAUCAUUGCGGAGGGGAAAACGUAUGUUAUGAGGCUGAUGGAGGAGAAUGACAAAUGCGUGCGGAGGCUUGAGGAAAGGGAUAAACUCGUGGAAGAGAAGGAGAAGAUCAUUACAGCUAUAGCGGCAAAGCUGGAAUCCUUGAAGGAGUUACUGGAAGGGAAGGUGAGAGAGGUGAGCGAGAAGGAUGCGGGGAUCAGGAAGGCGAAUGAAGAGAAUGAAAAAUUGCAGAAGCAUUUGGAGAAACAGGAGUGUAUUCUGAAGGAGAUGCAAGGAGCUCUUGAGCGCUUGGGCGAGAGAAAAGAGAACGGUGAAGAGCGGGAGGGACACUACGAAAAACGAUUUGAGAUCAACUCACUCAAGAGGGAAUUAGGGAGAGUAAAAUCCGACCUAGAGGAGCGAGAGACAAUGAUCUCAAAUGGGAGAAAGUAUUUGGACAAAUUGCAUUCCGAUAAAGAUAAUUUACAGAAGGAUUUAAGAGAUCGCGAGAGAGAGUGUAACGAGAAGCAGUUUGUGAUUGAAAGAAUGACAAGAGAGAAAGAGAGGGAUAAGAUCCAAAUCCGACAGAAGGGAAUGGAAGCCGACGCGAAGGGAAAAGCGUUGGAGCAAACAGAAUCGGAACUAAGAACAAUCAAGGGUCACAUUAGAGAAAAAGAUCACGUUAUAGCAGAAAAAGAGAGAGCGCUUGCGAGGCUAGAACGACUCAAAGCCGAGGUUGACCGACAGCUUGACGAGGAGAGGCGAACGAACACGACGUCUUUGGCGAGACUUCGUGAAGAAAUCGCAAGACUUCGUGAGGAGAAACGAGGUACCGACGAGCGGUUAAGAAGGACCGAGGCUGAGUCGGGAUCGCUUGUACGGACCGUGCAGAGCUUGGAAGCCGAACGGAACCGAGAAAAACAGUCGGCAGAUUUUCUACGAAAAGAUCAACCUUGGAUGAUUACAAAGUCUGACAUCAUUCUCUCGGAAUUCGUUCUCGGUACAGGGGCUUGGGGGCGAGUUUUGGAAGGGGAGUUUCGCGGAAUGAAGGUCGCUGUGAAAGAAAUCCACGAGGUUAUCAAAUCACCGCAUAACAAAAAAAUGUUUGAUCAGGAAAUCUCUUUCGCGACCCUUGUUCGCCACCCUUGCAUUUUGCAGUUCCUUGGUGUUGCUGACUAUAGGACAAAUAACCCGUUAUUAGUAACUGAACUCAUGGAUAUGUCUUUGUCUGAUCUCCUAGCAAAGGAAAAGUCUUUAAGCCGAAGAUAUGUAGUUACACUUGCUCUAGAUAUCGCAUUUGGGCUGAACUAUUUACAUUGCUUCAAGCCUUAUUCCAUAAUCCAUCGCGAUCUCAACCCUGGGAAUGUCAUGGUUUGGCGACAAGGGGAUAUUUGGAGAGCUAAGCUCUGCGAUUUUGGGUCAGCGGAGUUUGUCAGUUCGCGCAUGUCUGUGAAUCCUGGAAAUCCAUUCUAUUCUGCACCUGAAGUGGAUACGCCCAAACAGACGCCUAAGAUCGAUGUGUACAGUUACGGAGUUCUUUUGUGUGAACUAUGCAUCAGCAAAGCUCCUGUUCCAACAGAGCGGAAACGGCAGAUCGGACUAGUGUGGAACCCGGACUUACGGAAUCACAUUGAACAGUGCGUCCGGGAUGAUCCGGAAGAACGCCCGACGAUGGCCCUGAUAAUCGAAGUUCUCAAGUCUCUGGGGAGCUCAUGACAAAACUCCCCGCAUUAGCAGUAGAAGCCGUACCUAGUUAUUUCAUAAAACUGGGUCUGCGUCAUCAGAUGCGCAACCUAUCCUGCGCAUUGAGCUUCAAAUUUCCUGUUAACCACUGGCUUUUUAAAAAUAAACCGUGAUACACCA